UAUUUUUGGAGUCACAUCAUCCGCCAGCUGUUCCCGAAUACUCAACGCCGUGUGGUGGUCAAAAAACGCGGACGGGAAAAUAUCUUCAUUUAUAAAAUAAAAACUUCAAUUUACAUAAUGGAGUUCGAUCCGACGUACUACAAUAUCUGCUCCACCCGCACCGUCCAGUCGGAGAAGAGGGGCUUCUUCAACGAGUUCUGCGUGGAUGUACGGGAUGCCUGCGGCGACAAGUGGCUGCAAAACUACUUUGGGAAGCUGAAGUCUAACGCGGCGCGGGUGCUCUCCAUCUUCAGCGACCGUGAGGUGUGCGAUCCGGUUCUGGGGGUGCUGGAGCAUGUUCAGCCGGUGUUCAAGCCGAAGGACGCCCUGUUCUCUGCCCAGCGACGUGCCCAGGCGGACAAACUGCUCCUCAUGAGUAGCGAAGGGACUGUUGUGGAAGAGGCCGUCCGGGAGCUGCUCCAGCAAGCCCUUAUGGCAGCCAAUCUGGCUGUGAUGCGGGCUCCGGACAAGAAUGCGGACCUCUCCAUAGAUGAUGGCCUAUCGUUGGCCCUAGCUUACCGGUCGAGAGCGUCCAUACUCAUCCGUUUGGGCGAGGGGGAGGCUGCUCUCAGCGACCUCAAGCUGGCCACCAACUUUGGAUUGGAUCUGAAGGGCAGUGGAGACUACUACUGCAAAAUGGCCAAGGCCUAUGCAACCAUGGGUGAACCUGCCAAGGCCGAAAUCUCCCUGAAGAUUGCCGAAAAGCUCCCUGGUUCUGACUCCGGCCACAUUGCUGUUUGUCGCCAGGAGAUCGCUUCGAUGAAGCCUCCUAAAAAAGAGUCAUCCACGGAACAGCUUCCCAAACUAACACAUGGUGAGAAUCCUGAACUCAGAGGAGCUUCUAGGGUGGUUAAGCUGGUGGAGACGAAGGACAAAGGUCGCUUCGUGGUGGCGAGCGAGGGUGUGAGGACCGGCGACGUGGUUCUCUGCGAAGAGCCCGUGGCGGCUUGCUUGAUUCCCAGCUAUUUUGGAACCAACUGUCAUCAUUGUUUCAAGAGGUUGCACACCCCGGUGUCCUGUUUGCACUGCUCCGGUGUUGCCUUCUGCUCCGCCCAGUGCAUGGGUGAAGCCUGCUCCAGCUACCAUCGAUUCGAGUGCGAGUUCAUGGAUCUUCUGAUCGGCUCGGGCAUGUCCAUCCUUUGCUUCAUCGCACUACGCAUCUUCACCCAAGCCAAAAGCCUGGAGGAUGGUCUGUCUACCGCCAAUCUGUUGUUCGAACACCUGUGCUCCCACGAGGAUGAGCGCCAUGCGGAGGAUUACUUGCAGAGGUCCCUGAUGGCCGGCUUUUUGUUGCGCAUCCUGCAGAAGUCCCUGUAUUUCGGACGCCGCAAGACUGAAGGCGUGAAUCCCACGGCCGUGGAACUCCAGGUGGCCACCGCACUGCUGGGGCUGCUGCAGGUGCUCCAGUACAAUGCCCACCAGAUCUACCAGACCCAGGUGACCGAGGAGCAUCGGUUUGACGGCAGCAAGACGGUGUACGUUGGAGCAGGACUUUACGGCACUGGUUCCUACUUCAACCACGAGUGCUGGCCGAGUGUCGCUGGCCAUUUUGUUGGUAAGAAGUUGGUGUUAACUGCCACCAAACCUCAUCGUCCGAAUGAGGUGGUGGCUGUGAAUUAUGGGCCAAUUUUCAUCAACAUGAAUCUCAAGGAGCGGCAAAGGUCCUUGCGCGGAAGGUACUCAUUCAGCUGCAACUGCAUGGCCUGCCAGGAGAACUGGCCACUGCUCCAAAAACUGGACAAGCAAGUGCGCUUCUGGUGCACUUCAGCCAACUGCGUUAAUUUACUCAAAUUCCCAAAGGACCUGGCCAAGGAUGUGCGUUGUCCUCGCUGUCGGAAGAAUAUCUCUCUUAAGGAAAGCGUAUCCAAGCUAAUUAAAGUCGAGGAACUUUAUCGUGAAGCCGCUCGCGCUAUGGAGGAGCAAAAGACCCUUGAGGCCAUCGAGCUUUUCAAGGAGGGCAUUGAGAUGUUCUUCCAUGUGGCUGCCCUACCGCAUAAAGACACCCUAGUGGCCCAGCAGUCGCUCCUGAAGUGCUUGUCGGAUACUGGCACUACGUUCAAAAAAUAGAACUUUUAUUAUAUUGUUUUUUUCUAAUUAAAUACAAAAUGA